AGUGUCCGCUCCGGAAGGCCGUGGCUGAGACCCACUUGUCCUUGGCACCAGUCCGAGAUCACUGAGGACUUCCGGGCACUGAAGAAGACGGCUGAGGACAUGAACCUGUUCCACACCAACCACCUGUUCUUCCUGCUGCUGCUGGCCCACAUCCUGGUCAUGGAGAGCGCCGCCUGGCUCAUCGUCUCCUACUUCGGCAACGGCUGGGUGCCCACGCUCCUCACGGCUUUUGUCCUCGCCACCUCCCAGGCCCAGGCUGGGUGGCUGCAGCACGACUACGGCCACCUCUCCGUGUACAAGAAGUCCGGCUGGAACCACGUCGUGCACAAGUUCGUCAUCGGCCACCUGAAGGGCGCCUCCGCCAACUGGUGGAACCACCGUCACUUCCAGCACCACGCCAAGCCCAACGUCUUCCACAAGGACCCGGACGUCAAGAUGCUGCACGUGUUUGUCCUGGGCGAGUCGCAGCCCCUCGAGUACGGCAGGAAGAAGCUGAAGUACCUGCCUUACAAUCACCAGCACGAGUACUUCUUCCUGAUCGGGCCGCCGCUGCUGAUCCCCAUGUACUUCCAGUACCAGAUCAUCAUGACCAUGGUGAUGCGCAGGGACUGGGUGGACCUGGCCUGGGCCAUCAGCUACUACGUGCGCUUCUUCUCCACCUACGUGCCCUUCUAUGGCAUCCUGGGGGCCCUGCUUUUCCUCAACUUCAUCAGGUUCCUGGAGAGCCACUGGUUCGUGUGGGUGACCCAGAUGAACCACAUUGUCAUGGAGAUCGACCUGGACCAUCACCGUGACUGGUUCAGCAGCCAGCUGGCGGCCACCUGCAACGUGGAGCAGUCUUUCUUCAACGACUGGUUCAGCGGGCACCUCAACUUCCAGAUCGAGCACCACCUCUUCCCCACCAUGCCCCGGCACAACCUGCGCAAGAUCGCCCCGCUGGUGAAGUCGCUGUGUGCCAAGCACGGCAUCCAGUACCAGGAGAAGCCACUGCUGCGGGCGCUGCUGGACAUCAUCGGGUCCCUGAAGAAGUCGGGGCAGCUGUGGCUGGACGCCUACCUCCACAAGUGACCAGCUGCCUUGGGGCGCCAGGGAUGGGGUGACAGCCAGAGGGAGGGGACUUUGUUCUGAGGGUCGCCCUGGGGCUGGGGAUGUCACAAGCGGUCAUCUCCUUCCCUUCUCGCUGACCUCCUAGCCCGGUCCCGCCCGUGUCCCCGUCCCUGUCCCCAAGAGCAGGAGAGGUGGCCGUGGUGUGUGCCCCGUCCCUGCCUCCCGCUCCUGCCCUGAGGACCUUGGGCCGGGGUCCCAGGCCCAUGCCUGUCUCCUUUCAGCCUUGGACAUGUGGGUCUCAGGCUGGCCCACUCCCUCGGGGGAGCUCAGUGCUGGGCCUGACUGGAGCUGCAGUUCCCCCUGCGUCCUCCAGCACAGAGCCCUGGGUUCAGGAGCCCAUCCUGCCCAUGCCCAAAGCGCUCCAGCCAGAGCCUGAGGUGGCGUGGACAAGGCCACCAGGUCAUGGCACCCACAUGGCCUCGCGGGCACUCUCCUACUGGCUUUUUAAUCUUUGCUGUUUUCACGUUUUCUACAGAUGCAUUCCGACAGGAGGGUGGCCGGGCUGGUCCAGGACAAUCUGCGUUCUCCGGGCCGGGUGGAGAGGGCAGGCGGGCGGGUGAGGGCAUGAGAGGCGGGCGGCCCUGGCUCGAGAUCUAACCCACUAACUGGCCUCUCGCCCCGGAGUUGGGUCUCCCUCAGCAGCAGCCCCAGCCUGCUCCCCAAGGGCAGAACAAACCCAUAGGGAACUGAUCUUCAUUUUUAUCAUAUUGCAUCCCCAGCCUACAUUUUUGAAGAAUAAAAGAAGUAAUUUUA